AUGCCGACUCCUAUCGAUCGCGCGGUGCAACAACGUGGUCCGUUUUUUGCUUUUGCUGCAGUAGUUGCUGGUGUUGCAGCAUGGAGUAUUUGGGGGCAAGACAUCUUUCCCAGUCAAGACCCUACUGGAGACCCAGAGACAUGGACACACGACCAAUGCGUUACCUGGCUCAAGCACAGGAAUCUACACCCCUCUCCACUCGCAACGACAGCUGAGCUGCUGGAGAGGAUCAAGGCGAACAUGAGGGUAGCAAGAGAGCGGACGCCAGGGCAAUAA